AUGAAAAUCUGCGAGAGCAAGCUGCCCAUCAUCCCGAUAGAGGACGCCAAGCAUUACUCCUGCAGCGAGGAUAACGACACCAUCAACCUGGAGAAUAAUUCAAACGACCUAAACAGCUACCAGAAUUUUCUGAUCGGCAGUUCGCCUAACGACGGGGUACACAAAUGCAGGGAUAAGCACAUGCACUCCUUGGUAAAGAAGGAGAAGGGCAGGGAGAAAAAUUGCAGCACCGGUGGUAGCAACGCGGGGAGCCAUGCAGGCAGUCAUUCGUGGAGUAAUCGUGCGCGCAUGCGUACUACCAACCGCAGUAUCAAUGAGAAGGGCCUAAAUCUGAUCAAAAGGAAAAAGGGAUUGAUGAGGAAAGAUCCCUAUGGAAGUACACACUUGGUACUGGGUAAUAUACGAAGUGGUAGAAAGUUAAAAAGAAAGCUUCUUUGGAAUAGUUAUUAUGGAGACCAAAAUACAAAUGUGUCUGAAUUAUCGUACAUAAAGGAAUUUGAAAAUAACUCUUUUAUGCAUGAUAAUGGUCAUCACAUGCUAGUGUACGAAAAUAAGUACCCAGAUUAUAGUGCACUAAGUAAAAGAGAAAACAGAAGUAACAAAAUAAAAAAUUUCUUUGUCUACUCUCCAGAUAUUAUCCAAAGAUGGAUAAGAGUAAUAUUUAAUGUUAUCAUAACAUCCCUAAUAGUGACACUGAUCUAUUUUACAUUCAUAUCUGUUAGGGAAGACAUAAAUAAAAAAGUAGCUAUUCAGAUGCAGAAUGUGAAGGAAGAAUCUGAAUCCUGUAAGAAACAAUAUUAUGCACAUAAAUGUGGUACAGUCAAUUUGCCUAUCCUAAAUGAUAAGUGUGAAGAAUGGUUAAGGUGCAUGAAAACGGAUCACAAAUUAUAUCAGGAUUUUUCUUUUUUGUCUGCUCAAAUGUUAGGGCAACUUAUUAAUGCAUUUAUUGUUCAGUUUGAGUGGAAGAGCAUUUGUGUAAUUGCCUUUAUAUUCCUUUUAAUAUUUAUUGGUAGUAAUUAUGCCUUAUCCAUUGGCGGAGGAGGAGGGGCUAGAGGAAAUGGUAAUGAAUAUAAUUUGUACAGUCCACAUAUGAGUCCUGCUGUGCAUGCAAAUGGAAGCAUCCCUCCUUUCCCUUACUACCACUUUUAUCCUUUCAUGCCACAAGGUGUGAAUUAUGGUGGACCAAGUAACAACCCUGAUGUCCCAAUGAUGAAUAUUCCAUUUUCGCAAAAUAAAUACUACUCAAGUGGUAGUAUGGGCAGAGCCGGGGGGGGGUACCCCCCAACAAAUUAUAGCUAUCUCAAUCAGUACACAAACAACAGCGAGAAUAAUGCGUCCACGCAGUCCAACUCCAGGAAUAAAGACUACUCCGAGGUAUAUAAUGGUUCCUCCAAGAAGGAUUCCAAACGUGGCUCCAAGAAAUUGGGUUUCCUCAAAUACCUCACGCCCGGUUUUAAGUAA